AACUUCAAAUUCAGCACCAAAUUUUUUUUUUUUGAAUCCCAAAAAAAAAAAAAAAAGAUAGAAGAAUGGAGCUACCUAUGAUAGAUCUGGAGCUGUACUUGAAGAUCACCAGCCAACUCGGCAGUGACUCUGCUAAGAAGGCAACUAACAUCGGGGCUAGAUUCGGUAAGUUGUGUGGUGAGGUGAGUCAUGUGCUGAAGGGAACUGGGGCAUUGCUGGUCAAUGAUCCAAGAUGUUCAAUGGAGGACAACGAUCGAUUCCUCAACAUGAUGGAGAAAAAAUUGGUGUUGGCGGUUAAGUCAAUAGCCUAGGAUUGUAUUUGCAAAAUUGAAGGAAUUGAAGGAGUUGAGGAGGCGAUGGAGAUGGAGAUGACUGUAGAAGGGGGCAAAAAACAACAGGAGUUGGAGAUUAAAAGAAACAAGAUCGUUUUGG